AUGUGUAAACAUACAAAAUCAAAGUUCUUAAUCAGCAUAUAAAACAUGAUAUUUGAAAAACAAGGCUAAAAAAUUCUCAAUUUCUUGUUUGUCUCUGAUGGCAUUAAUAAAGUCUAUCCUUAAGUAAAAGAUUAAAAAUUUAACAGAUUAAUAGCUUUGAUAAAAAUGAACAAUAAUAAUAUUAGAUUAAACUUGGACUUGAUGAAGUUUCUAGCAGCUAUCUAAUUUAAGACAUAACCUUAACCAGAGCAACAGGUUCAUGAUUUAUAAAAAAAUAAUCUUAAUAAAUCUCUUAAGCUGAAGUUUGUUAGAAGACAUAAAUCUUAAAAGCAGAAAGUCAUCCUAUUCGAUCAGUUCAAAAAAACAUAGGAAUGGUCUCGAGAAUUGAUAGAACAACUUUCUUUAGAUUUGAACCUCACUCCUACAUAAAUUUAUAAAUGGUACUAUGACAAGAUAAAUUAUAAGAGAAAGAAGAAAGACAAAAAAUAAUGUGGUAUAAAAUUCAUUCAUUAAGAAAGAGCAACGAUUUCUCUUGUUUAAAUUCUGCCAAAGGAUAUAUGA